AUGAGCUCGAUCGGAACCGGAUACGACUUGGCCGCUGCGACAUUUUCGCCUGAUGGUCGAAUCUUUCAAAUUGAAUAUGCGCACAAGGCCGUCGACAACAGCGAUACGAUGAUCGCGCUGCGCGGCAAGCAUGGAGUUGUCUGUGCGGUAGAAAAAAUCGUGGCCUCAAAACUGAAUGUCGAGAACGCGAACCCACGAAUGAUGAGGGCCGCCGAACAUAUUGGACUUGGAAUGGCCGGUGUCUACCCCGAUUGCAGGAAUUUGCGUGAUUAUGCGGUAGACGAAUGCCUGAAGUUUCUCCGCGACUACCGCGAGCCGAUCACCCCGAAAAAACUGGCAGCCACCAUUGCGGAGUAUGUCCAUGUCUUCACGCUAGGCAUCAGCCGUCCGUAUGGCUGCGCGAUGUUCGUCAACUCGUGGGAUGAGACCGACGGGGGCAAGAUCUAUUUGAUCGAGCCCAGCGGUCUUAGCUACGAGUAUAAGGCGUGGGCUGUUGGCAAACAUCGUCAGGCGGCUAAGGCCGAAAUCGAGAAGCUGAAGCUAGAAGAGCUCGAAAUGGAGCAGCUGGUGAAGGAGGCCGUGCGCAUCAUCAUGGCUAUCAGGGAUGAAAACAAGGAAAAGAAUUGCACGAUCGAGAUGAGCUGGGUGGGCGAGAACACGAAGGGCAAGGUUGAAAUCGUACCCAACAACUUGCUCGCCGACGCUGAGGCCUGGGCACGCGAGCGUCUCGACGAGGACGAUAUGGAAGAC